AUGCUUCGUUGGUAUCAGGCAAAGUUGGCUAAGCAGCCCAUUCUCACAGCCAGUGUGACCAGCGCUGUGCUCUUUGGUAGCGGUGAUGUGCUCGCUCAGCAGGUAGUUGAUCGCAAAGGGCUGGAGAAGCAUGAUUUUGCUAGAACCGGUCGCAUGGCUCUGUACGGAGGAGCUAUCUUUGGUCCCGCUGCUACGACCUGGUACGGCUUUCUCCAACGCAAUGUGGUCCUGAAGAACACCAAGGCCACCAUCGUUGCCCGGGUUGCGGCAGAUCAGUGCUUAUUCACCCCUACCCAUCUCACCUGCUUCUUAACCUCCAUGGCCAUCAUGGAAGGUUCGGACCCUAUCGAGAAGUGGCGUAACAGCUUCCUUCCCAGCUACAAGGCCAACUUGACCAUCUGGCCUCUUGUUCAGGGUGUCAACUUCUCCAUCGUGCCACUGGAAUACCGUGUACUUGUUGUAAACCUAGUCAGCCUGGGCUGGAAUUGUCUUCUAAGCAUGAUCAAUAGCGGCGAUAAAUAAGCGAAUCCCUUCCAAUUGUUUGGAGACCUUAUGUUUAGAGAUACCCCUUUGAUUGUAUAGCUGAUACGCCGAAGACUCUUAUUUUUCCUUUGAAUUGUUCCGGGGUCAUAGAGGUCUUUCUUCACUUUUCAUUAUCUCUUCGGACUUGCUUCCUGUGUUUCAAAAUUUGGGGCGCAACAUCGAGAACAUUUCGGAUAAACAGUAGACAUGCUGGAUUAGAGCGGAUUGUAUAGUGACUGUUGUUGCUAUUCCUGCGGGUACAUAGAUUU